GUCAUUGCGGCGUUGCACUUUUCGACGAGUUCGCCGCGCGUCAAAACCGCGAUAUAAACACUGCGUGGGAGCAUCUUUUGCGGAAAAAUGAGUGAUCCUGAGGAUAUAGACAUGGAAUCUUCCUCAUCUUCUGGGGAUUCGGAGGAAAAUGAGGCCGAUUGUGAUCAAUGGUUUGACACCAACUCGUUUUCAUGUGCACUAGACGGAGGCUACCGACCGGAUUUGACCAGCAAGAGUGCGGAAUAUAUGGAGGAAAACACACAUUUGCUGGGAAUGUUUAUGGAAGCCGAAGAUCCGGACAAAGUGGUGACAUUCAAGAAAGACUACCAAAAUCUGAUGGAAUUGGCAUUUUACCUGGACAAUCUGGAGAUGAUUAGGAAGUGCUGCAAGACGGCGUUUGCCAAAUUUGGCUAUGAUGACUUCAAGCUGCUGGUUUGGCUGUACAGGGAAUUGCGAGAGUGGGAGACCACGAAGAAUGACUCAAUCCUCGAGUGCAUCUAUAACAUCUUCAAGGAAGCGCUGUCGCAGAAGUACUCCUCAAUCAUCGUGUACAAAUUCAUCCACUUCGCGCCAUAUUCUGCACACAAGGAGGAGAUUUGGAGGAAGAUUCUGGACGUGUACUUGUACGAUUUUACCGCCACGGCAAAGUACGUGAGCUUCUGGAAGGAUUUCUAUCUGGAAGAUCCGCCGGACAAUGUUGAGAAGUGCCAGAAAGUCAUUGAUGUGUACACAAAAGCUCUCUCAAUACCACAUCUAGACAGCGAGGGGACAUUGAGGGACUUUCAGGAGCUCUGCAGCGAGAGUCCGGAGCAGUAUCGCGUGGAUUGGGAAGCAAUUGCGGAGAAGCAUCGCGUGGCAAGUGCAAAGUUCCAGUCAAUCGCGCCACAUGAGAGUGCAGUGAUUGACGCUGCGGACGUGGAGAAGCCACGGAUGUUCAGAAAGUACCUGGAAGCGCCUGAAACGGCGUCCUUCGAUAGGAAGUGGGUGCAGUUCAUCUACGAGCGCAUGGUUGGUGAAUGUGCGCUGAUUCCUGGCUGCUGGAUCGCCUAUGUUCGCUAUCGCCAGGACUUGGACGACGUGACAGACUCUUCGGGACAGUUCUUCAACCAAUCCGCCCUGGAGAUCAUAAACAGAGCGCUGAUCUUCACGAAGACCAGCGAAGAUCUCUUCUCAAUUAAGAUGGAAUUGGUGGAGAGCAACAAUUUCACCGUCACGCCACUGCUUACCGUUAUGGAUGACGCCUUGCGGGCGCCUUUUUCGUCUCCGGAUCCACACACAAAUCUCUGGAUAGAGUAUCUCACAAUCCUAAGGCGUCACACGAGCACAGAUUCGGAGGAGGGAAGGCAGCUGUUGAGGAGGAACUUCGAAAAUGCCUGGGAAUCGCUGAGUCAACAGUGGGGAAACUUGGCCGAUCAGAAUGGAGAGAUUCUGAAGAUGUGGGCAAAUCUGGAGUACACAGACUUGGGCGAUCCGGCAAAAGGGAAAUCGCUGUGGCAGGAAGUGAUGAGUUUUGGGGACAAUUCCACCAGAUCGGCCACUUGGCUGGAGUUUAUUCUGCUGGAGAAGCAGAAGAAUCCCCCAGGAGCGCGAAAGAUUUUCAAGAAGGCCAUAAAAUUGCCAGAAUUGAUGGAUUCUGAUGUUCUGGCCAAUGCCUGGGUGAGAUUUGAGAGACUGCACGGCUCCAGGGAGAAUUUGCAGUACUGCCAAACGCUGACAGAGGAAAUCAUGGCGGAGAGGGAGAAGAACGAGCGAGAAGAGGAGAAUCGGAGGAAGAAGAAAGUCAAGGAUCUCAAGAGAAAGCCCAAGGAGAGUCCUGGAAGAGAAUCGGCGCCAGUGAAGAAGCCGAAAGUCGAGGUGAAGCAGCCAGAAGUGCCACAAAAUGUCACGCCGUCUUCCUCCACGCGAGAUCCCACCAAGGACAACGUGACCAUCUUCAUGAGCAAUCUGGACUACAGCGUCACUGAGGAUGAGAUUAAGACGGCAUUCCCGGAGCUCAGUGCGGUGAAAAUUGACAUGGUAAGGAGCUCGAGUGGGAAGAAUCGGGGAUUUUGUUACAUCGAAUUGGAGACUGCGGAGAAAGUGCAGGAAGCGCUGAAGUUCGACAGGCGGCCGAUCAAUGGGCGUCCUGCCUACAUCUCUGGGUGUCUCAGGGAGCGCGGGCAGCGCGAGAAGAUCUUCAAGUACUCCGAACAACUGGAGCCGACGAAGCUGUUCAUUAAGGGCUGCGGUGGCGCCACGAAAGAGGAGCUGGAAGAGAUUUUCAAGCCUUACGGAGAACUCAAGGAUGUGCGCGUGGUGUUUCACAAGAACGGCAAUCCCAAGGGCAUCGCAUAUGUGGAGUUCGUGGAAGAAACGGCAGCGAGUGCAGCUCUGCUGAAGGUCGAUCAGUAUCAGCUGGGAAAGAACACUCUCAGCGUCUCCAUCUCGGCUCCGCCGCAGCGCGGCCAGCCCAGGAAUGUGCAGAAGGUGGAGAGCCUGGGAGCGGCCAAGCGCCUUCUCCAUCCGGGCGAGAUGCGGCCACGGAUGGCCUUCAUUCCGCGCUCAGUGCAGCAGAAGAGCACCAAAAACGGCCAAUAA